AUGUCUGGAGAGGUUCGCAUGAGUGUUGAAGUCGCCUGGAAGGGCGAGACGAGAGACUUUCCUACGUGUGAUGGUGUAUGCUAUGGUAUGGAAGGCAUCUGGAGGUACGGCAUUUCUAGCAUUCAACCUAGCGAAGAGUUGAAGUGUGAUCUGUUUGGGGAUUUACAGUGUCAGGAUCGUGCUUUCGCGGAGAUGUCGAGCCAUGGAAGCAGUAGCCUGUAUAAUGAACGUAUCAAUGAUAAGAUUGGGAGUGUUAGGUGUUUUGCUGCACCUAAGCCGGUUUAA